CAGCGCACAGAAAAUAUGUCGCUUGCAUUCGCGUCUCCAACCCAGACGCCAACUUCUACAAAUGACGCGAAUCAAUAAGUCGAUAGAAUGCACAUUUUUUUAUAAUCUCAGAGCACUCAAAGAUUCUUAACGUUCAACUGCAAUAUUUGAAUGUAAACGAGAAUGUCGGCACAUAUUAUGUGCUUGACUUCCUCCGGAGGCAUUCCCUUGUUUUCUCGCCAGAAGGGUGACAGUGAUGCUAUGACAUUUUCGAAGAUUGCAUCGCUGAAUGGAAUUCACAUGUUCUUAAAAUCACAGGACAUCACUCUGUUGUGCACAGAUUUACCUGACACAACAGUAGUAUGGAAAGAAUUUGAACAGUGUAUCAUAUUAAUAGCAAUUGCAAGCGGCGUGACAAAGUAUGUGUUGGACAAAUUUCUGGAUGCCACUUUUGGUGCAAUGGUCCUUUUUACUGGCAUCAAUGAAAUAAAAAAUGCUAAAAAUGUAGAGAGGCUCAAGAAAGAUAUGCGUCUCAGCAGUCAUAUUAUUGAUAAAUUAAUGGACUGCUUGGACAUAGGAGAUAAAGUUUCUGCAAAAACCGAUAUGGUUAAUAUGACUGAAUGCAUCAUCUCUUCGGAGAAUCAAUUGCUCCAGACUUGUUUAGAAGGAUUCGUAGAGUGUUUGGAAUCGAUGUAUGGAUGCAUUCUGGUGCAUGGUUGUGUAGCAGCUGCUACAGAAGGCUGGUGGUUGCUGGACCCUUUGGAAAGGAAAUUAUUAACGAUAGCAAUUACUUCAGAGAGUAUUUGUACCGCUCGUGAUAUUCCAGUAUUUUUGCCCUGUAAGAGUCCAAAUGUAGCUUUCAGAUUGGUGUCUAUAACUCUGAUUAAUCAUGUAGAAGUUUUGGCAUUAUGUGGCUCAAGUCCAGAAUUGAUUGAAAUUGAAAAGUUUGCUGUGCAAUGCUGGAAAAGCAAUAUGGAUGUGUUGUGUGCUGUUGAACAAUCUUAUCCACGAAAUCUGCCCGCAUCAAUCUCCCUAGAUAAUGAAACACUCGGGUUUCUAUUGGCAAAUUACAAACUGGAGAAAUUUGUGCUUGGCAGAAACUCACAAUGUGCGAAAAAUCGUGCGACUGGAUCGCACAGAUUAGAUAUCUUGCGAACGUUUUAUCAUCAAGCCGUUGAGACGUUCUCGCUGUCGGUCGAGCCUGAAGAAAGCGGCGAUGAGAAUAAAGCUGCAAAUACUUGGAAAUUUACUGGCGCGAAGGAAACGUAUUUGUGUUCUGAGUAUCACAAGUGUCAUGCUGUUAAAUAUGAUGAUCAUAUACUUUGCGUUUUAUACACGUCUGCGGUGCCUACUCAUACUAUGAGACUGAUCAGUCAGAAGAUAUUAAAAAUGAUAUUUAACGAUAAACAAACUUAUUGCUACUGCAAACGCGGUUAGAAUGAUGAUUGUGAAAUCUGUAAUCGUAACACGUGCUCGUGUGUAUUUGCGCGAUACUUCGAUCCAAGAUGAG